CACGAGGAAGAGAGUAGUAGAAUAAAGAGGAGGGGAGUUUAUUUAGCACAGGAAAGAGAUCAGAACCAAACCUUACCGAAGAUUCUGGGCCCGGAACAAGCUGUUGUUGGGAUUCCAAGAUGUCCUUUACUGGCCAUCAAGAAGACUGCAGCGGUGUAGCUGGUUAAUCUGGAGCCCAAAAAAGGGUUGUGGUGUUCUUUGUUGAAUGUAAACAUUUCCAUACAUAACAACAAUACUGUUGUCACAAGCUGGCUUGCCCAUAAAUUCAUCAAACUUUCAUAAAGCUGCUGACCCCCAUGUCUCAGUCCAUGAAUACUCCCUCUUUGAAUGAUAGUGUAACUAAGGGGCAAUAUGGACUUCCUACUAGACAGACAGAUGAGGGUAUAUGUAGGACACUGCCUAAUGUUGUACCUGGAUCCAGCUUAAACCUCAUUGGAGCUUCUGGUAAUCCCAGCAGUUUUGGGACUAGAGAAAUAAUCCCAAAUGUGGGACCAUUUGCUGGUGGAUUUAGUUUACCAGUGAGAAACUGGCCUGAACCAAGUCAAACCACUUCGAACAUCAAUUUACAUUCUACCUUUAACAUCUGCGCCAGAGAGCAAAUUAUGUAUCAACCUGUUGGCCAGGGUGCUCUGUUUGGCAGCACACAAAGAGGUGUAUCACUCUCAGCCACAACAGAGACAAGCUACUUGGCCUCAUCAGCUACUCAAGGUCAUCUACAACCCAGUGGUGAUUGUGGUGGAAGUAGCUCUUAUAACUACUCUAAAUCUAUUGCAGUUCAACCAACUGGCCAAACUCUAUCCCAUGCACCUGUGUGCACACCUGCAAUUGCUGAAAAGAUUUUAUUGAGUUAUGGGCUUCAAAAAGAGGAUUUGUAUGAACUCAUAAACUGUCCAGAUGAAGAAACUACGGCUGAGAACCUACCCUACACUUUGCAGAAGAUUCGUAUGAAGAACGCCAAUAGGGCUUCAUCUGCAGUCACAUCAGCAUCUGCAUCUCAACCAACUACAGAUAGACUAAACAGAUUGGAUAGUUAUGGACAGCCAAAAACAAUUCAUAAUGAAAUGCCAUCAGACAGUUCAAAGACAGUUGAAAUUACUCAGUAUGGACAUACUGGAGAAUGUUCUCCACAUGUUGAGGAUAAGACUUUUGAUAUUUUCAGUAAGGCUCAGGCAUGUGGCAAUAAUUCGCUGGUGGACAACUUCAAGACUAACAGCCAAAAUAAAGAAGGGCCAGAAAAAAAUUCAGAGUUAAAACCCACUGGUUUGAUUACAUCAAAUGAACAUGUAACAUCUGUUAUUAGCUUGAGCUCAGCAAAGAAUGUGGUAGCUCCAGCCCAACUGGUAAAUACUCAAUCAAACCAGACCUUGCAAUCAACCUGCCCAGCUUUGGCUGUACAAAAGAAAAACUGGGACAUUUCAAAACCAGAGUCUGACGUUUUUGGAUUUCCACCUGCAAAAGCAUCAAUAUCCCACAUUAAAACAAAGACACACACGGAAAGCACAGAUGCAAAAGCUCAAAGUAAAACUCAAGACCAAGAUUCAAAGACCUUAGAUAUAACACCACAGCAAACUCCACAGAAUCCUGUGCCAAAGCAAACCCCUCUGCAGAUGACACAACCUCAGAAGACCACUGCUUUGGAAUCACUUUCCCCUUACUCUUGCACCCCUACAGUCACAGAUGUUUCUCAUUCCAUUCAACCUUCUGGUAUCAGUCCUGUUUAUCCAAACAUCCCAAGCUUGGAUCUGGUAAAGACCACUGAUGGGCAAGGAUCUAAGCAACAGUCUGCGGCAAAACCCGCCACCUUCAAGGGUCUCCCAUCACUAGCUAAAAUGCAUGAUUAUACUGCAACUAAACCGAAGACGUUUCCACAUACCUGUUCUUUAUGUAGAACAAACUGCUCUCAUAUAAAGGAUUGGAUUGGUCAUCAGCAAACCAUCCUGCACCUCGGGAACUGCAAACUUCUACGGGAUCAAUACCCAGAGUGGGAUGGCAAAGUAACACCACAGCAAUGUAAUGUCAUUAGAAAAUCCAGGAUUUCACCUUCAGCUUCUGCCCAGACUUCCCAGGGUCAUCAAAAGAGAACCAGUGAUGGGAGUCAUUGCCAUUCUCGGUCUCGCAGCCCUCGACGAUGCCACACCUCAAGAAAAAGAAGGGAGUCUACCAGCAGUAGUUCAUCCUCUGAAAGCCCUCACCGACGACGCAGUUCUAGGCGUAGAAAGGCUUCUACCAGCAGUAGCUCUCGUUCUUGCAGCCCUCGCCGACGACGCAGCUCUAGGCGUAGAAGGGCCUCCUCCAGUAGUAGCUCGCGUUCUCGGAGCCCUCGCCGGCGAUGCAGUUCUGGUCGUAGAAGGGCCUCCUCCAGCAGUAGCUCUCGCUCUCGGAGCCCUCGAAGGCGACGCAGUUCUGGGCAUGGAAGAGGCUCCUCCAGCAGUAGCUCUUCCAGCCCUCGCCGAUGCCACAGUUCGAGGCAUAGAAUGGGCUCCUCCAGCAGUACCUCUCGCUCUCAUAACACUCGCAACACCCACAGCUCUGAAGAUCAAAGGGAAAAACGAAAAAACAGGACACAAUCACUGUACAUCCCCAGGAGAAUUUGCAGGUCUCGUUCUAGAUCUUACUCUCCGAAGACCAGCUGCCACAUUUCUGGGAGACGGAUUUUACAAAAAGAAAGUCAUAAGAAACCUGGCUCACCAACAAGGAGCUCUAAGCCACAGUCGCUUACUAGAAUAAAUGAUAAAAAAUCAUCCCCAAGAAAGGGUGGUGAACCAAGACGAUCACCUAAGAAGGGUGCUGAGCUAAGACCAACGCCACAUACAAGCAAAGAGCGACCAAGGUUGGAGGGGAGUGAUGAUAAACAACGGUCAAGGAGUCCCAAGAGACCGUUGUCUCCCAAAAGUGAUGAGACAAAAGAGUCCAGAGGAAGGAGUCGUGAGCGACGAUGUUUGCCAAACAAGAGCAUUAAGCAAGACUUACCAAAAGCAUCUAGUAAGAAACGACAGUCACCAGGGAAGGGUGGUGCGCCGCAGUCAUCGGUACAUGAUGACCGACCACAUUCACUGCAGAAGAGUUGUAAGACACAGUCAUUACAAAAAAUAAAUGAUGGGGAACAGACCUCAUCAAAAAAGUCUGAGAAGCUCUCUUCAGUAAAUGGAAGCCGUAAGAGACAGCUAUCACUAGAAGAAUCAUCUUCUCAAAAAAAGAAGUCAUGCACUGAAGACAUUCUAAAAGACCAAGCUCUGAAUUCAGUGCCAGAGCAGCUGAACAACACCAGUUUGAUUGAGCCUUUAGUUGAUGCUACAGUGGUAGAGCAAGCCAAAAUACGGGCACCUUCACCAGUACAAUCAUCAUUUACCUCACCGGCCAAUAAGAAAGAGGCUUCCACAUCAUCAAGAGGAAGCAGCCCAACCUCUGCUUCUUCAUUGCCUUCUUCCAAACCAGUAAAGUCAAAGUUGCAUACGAAGUGGGAUCAGAUUCAUCCUAAUGUUCCAAGGACCGAAGCAAGUCUACAAACAACUGUUCCCAAGCCUCAGUUUUCUUAUUUGGGUAAACCAUCCCCUCCAACCAUGUUGAGACUCAAGGGGAAUUUUGAUUCUCUCUCUCACGGUGAUGUGAUUGCCUCCAUGGAGUGUUUUGGAAAAACCAAAUCUCUCUUACUGUUUAAGUCUAAGCAAGAGGCGACUGUUUGUUUUGAAAAGGAGGAAGAUGCAGCCAAACUUAAAAGCACAGAAAACUUUGAGAUAAAAGGAGUACCCAUCACCUUUGUCACUAAACAGGACAGUGUUUCCGGGUCUCCUCCCUCUACGGCUUCAGCGGAUCAGAAGAAUCCCUCCCCAGAAAAGCCUAUUGUGUCCUGUCAGCCUGUUUCCGGUGGAAACUUGGUUCACCUACCAAGUAAAACUCUUUUAUCAUUACAAUCAAAAUCCAAAAGGGUCGCAGCAGUGAAGCUUUUGAAAAAGACAAAGGUCCUAGUUUCCAAAGAAAGGAGUGUUUCCAAGAAGCAGGGAGUCCAAACUUUAAAAGCGGUCAUUUUGGCUAAAACACAGUCUUUGAGGUCAGUUAAAGGAAAAAAAGAUGCUUUAAAGCCAGAAAAGAUACCUAAAUCUAAAAAAAACUCUGGACAAAAAUCAAACGGAAAGCUCAAAGCUAAUGGGGAGGAUUCUGGGAAUGUACAGAAGAAAACUGGCAAGCCAUCAAACGGGGCAGCUGGUGAAAAACAUCCAGGCAAGGAAAGCGUUACUAAAGCAGAAACUGCAACAAAACAUAGGCUGGAAGAAAAUAACGAAUCUUCUGCGAGCAAGGCAAAAAAACAAUCCGUUACAAACAUUCUGCAAAUUGACCCCAUUGAAGAAGAUCCACCCAGAAUGGAGAAAAUAGAAGACGUUGCAGCAAAGUCUGUAAAUACAUCAGAUCCGCAAACUCUCAAGGCUGAAAUCUCAAAAUCAAACAUUAAAGAAUUGGCAGCUGAGCCUAAAAACCCUGUAGUAGUCCUUGCAAGAAUAAGGGAGAUAACCAAGCAGGGCCAUGUUGGCAAAGUUUCUGAGAUGAAAAAUUUAAAAGAGGCAGAGUUGUUAGAGCUGGAAAAAACUGGAGGAGCAGGGUCAAUGGAAGUAGAUCCUGUUGUGAAAAAGGAACUGAAGUUAUCCACCGAUGAGGCUUCACCACCUAAACUUAAAGACGCCCAACCGCCAAUUGAUAAAGUUGAGACCAUAGCGGUUAAACCAUCACCUGCUCCACCUCUAAGACAAGAGAAGAUCACCAAAAGCCCAGAGACGUCUGCCAAAGCUUUGGUCCAAACGACGGCUGUGUCAAAGCCAGACUCCACCGCACAGAAUCUGAUUUCAUUACAGACAGGAGGAAGCUCUGCUGAAACACCUGCUGUGACCAUGGCAACAGUCCAAAGGGAGGAGACAAAAGCAACGCAAAUCGAUACUUUUGCCACUGCAAAGACUCAGACGACGCCCCCACAGGCGAGCGUUCCAACCUUAUCACCAAAAGAGGCUAAAAAUAGUGUAGCCAUUAAAACCAGCCUUGCUAAGAGCAAGAUGAAGUCAACUGUUCCUACGUGUCCAGCUGAUACGUCAAUCACCGCCGGCGAACAGAUUGUGCCUGUCCUGAAUCGACUAAAAUUGAACAGCCAAGAGUUUGUUCUGGCAGAAAGCAUCCUGCCGGCUGGGCCUUUAACAGUUGACUCAACGCUGCUGUUGAUAACCAACCUGCCGAUGUACAACAGCUGUCGCUACACAGAGGAGGAAGUUGUGACGCUGCUUUGUAAAUUUGGCUUUCAGUACGCGCAUGAUAACAUCUACAUCUUUCCUCAGGGCCGCAUGGCUUUUGUGCUGAUGCCCAAUGAGCGGUCAGUCAUUGAACUCAUUUCGGCGUCAGCGCACAACCAUCUAAUCUUCAAAAAACAUAAACUUUGUUUGUUCAUCGUGAAGAAAAACAUUUUCAUGACACCGCUCGGCUUUUAUAAAUCAAUCAUGGCGCUAAUGUCCUUCAAAGUCGAGGCACCAAACACCAUCUACAUCCAGAACAUCUCCCCAAGUGACACCAUCGACGUCAGAGAGGCUUUGGGGAGGAUUAAAUCUGUCAGAAACUUCCUGACUCUGCUCAACAAGGUUUUCAUUGAAUUCGACUCCAUUUAUGACGCUGAUCGACUGGGAAUUUGGUACAGCCUCAUGAAAGUAGGGUUUACUCACGUGGUGGAGAGGCUGAGGCUGCCGAGAAGCAACAGGAAAUCACAGCCACCAAAGCUGCCACUGAAUGCUCUGCCCGAUGAAGACGAGAUCAUUGCCGGGGCGGAAAUGCCAGACGCAAAAUAUGGCAUCCCCCAAGGCACCAAUCCACCCUUUUGGGUAACUAUGACAACGAUUCCCUACGUUUUCCCUACUGCCUCCCCUUGGUUCAACAUCCCAGAUUUUCUGACGAUCCGUGGAAAGAAAGCCCUUACGACAACACCUCAUCCAGGCUCUGCACACUGCACCAUAAUGUUGACGGGUUUACCAGAAGGAAACUACAAGCAUGAAGACAUAGUGGAGGUGGUGGGAUGUUAUUUCCCUGAACAGAACCUUAGGACUCUCUACUACAACAUCUUGGUCCUUCCACUGCAGAGGAGGGCCUUUGUGUUUUUCUGCGACCGGAAGGCUUGCUGCAGUUUUGUCCUGGAUCAUAUCAAAAAGCCAGUUUCUAUUAGAGACUGCGUCCUUACGGUCCACUUUGUCCUACAGGACAUUCGUCCUAGUCCCAGUGAGGAAAUCAUGUACAGAGCGAUGAUGAAAUGGAGCAAUGCUCAUGUUCCAGAGCUUGAUUUCCUGGAGAACCGGCUGCUGUGUGUGGAAAUCUUUGAGUUUAAUGUGGACCUUGUUAAGAACCUAAUGAAGGAAGUGGCUUCCAUCGCCAGCUUCGUCAACUUCCUGCCACUUUCUAACAGGAUUUGCAUUGAGAUGCUGGAAUCCAGCGGUGUCAAGAAGGUACUUGAGGAAAUUGCCUUCAUGGAGGAUUUGUCAAAACACAGGAUCUGGAGCAAAGUUGGGCGUGUUGAGUCUUUGAAGAGUCUCAAAAAGCGCAUUGAAGACUCUGAGAAGAUCCCGUUAAACGUUGAAGGAAGCUCCUCAGCAGGUGGAGCUGAGUCUCCGGUCGUCCAAUCAGCAGCCCUGCCUCCUCCUUCUGAGACGUCUCAUAAUGUUGCUCAAUCAGAAUCUGCUGAGGCGUCUUCAUCCACUGAGGCAACAGUUUCUAAAUCUGAUGAAAAUCAUGUAGAAAGAGGUGUUGAUGCUCCCAGUGAUUCUGGACUUGAGGAAAAAUCAGGUGAAAGAUUUACCGAUUUAACUGAAGGUUCUAAAACUGAGAGAAGAGCUGCAGAUUGGUCACUGAAAGGAGAGGACAUCAACACUUUGAAAUGUAAAGCAACACCUGCAGGAAAUGUUGCUGACCUUAAUGACAUUUCUAAACCAGAGGAAAGACCCGAAGAGCAACUUGAGAAGGAGCCAAACCUCGGUGUUUCUGCUGGGCCUGUCAAAGUUUCUGAAACGAAGGAGGAGUUUGUGCAAAGAGCUCCACAUCCUCCCAGCCUUCCACAACAGGAGGAUGUGCCCAAAGAAAGAGCUGCUGAAGCUCCCAAUGUUUCUAAAAGUUCAGAAAAGGCCACUCCUCCUGAAACUCUGCCUAAAUCAGAGAAGACAGCUGAAGAUAAGCUCAGCCCAGAAACGCUUUCAGCCGCCAAUCAGCCCUGCAAGAAAGACUCCUCUACAGCAGCAGCUGUGUGUAACGUUUCCGCUGUUUUGGCUGAACCAUCGGCAGCAGUUGUCAAAACCCAGCCGAAAGCCACAGCCCCAGCCAAUCAGAAGCCAGCAGCUGCAGAUCCCUGCCUGACUGUGGGAGAGAAGCUAGAAACCCUGCUGAAUCCAGAUCAAAUCCUCUGUCUUGAAAAAUCUGUCAUCAUGUCAAAAAAAUUUUAUUCUAACUACACAAGACUAUUAUUAAUAAGCAACCUGCCAAAGUAUUACGAUGGCUGCUACUCUGAAAGUGACGUUGCAGAUCUGUUCAAGAAGUUUGGAUUCCAGUACGAACAAAAAAACAUCUACGUGAUUCCUCAGGCGUGCAUGGCAUUUGUGCUGAUGCCCAAUUUCCGAUGCGCACAAAAUGUUUUCACGUCUUCCCAGAGUGGUUCCUUCACUCUAAGUGGAUCCAAACUCUGUGUCCAGAUUGUCACCAGCAAGAUUUUUAUGGAACCGUUGGAAUUCUACAAGUCUCUGAUGGAACUGGUCGGUUUUCCGGUCAAAGAUGAUGGGACCAGUACGAUCUACAUCCAGAACAUCUCGCUGAGUGAGACCUUGAAGCUCAGAGAAACUCUGAGAAAAAUGGAUUCUGUUAAAAACAUCCUCCCUCUGCUCAACAAGGUGUUUGUAGAGUUUGAGUCGGCCCGUGAUGCUGAUCGAAUCGGAGUUUGGUACAGCCUCCUGAAACGCUGCCCUGCACAUAAAGUCCAGAGGAUGAAACUGCCCCGGGGAAGCUGCAAGUCUCAACCACCACGGCUGGCACUGAAGGCUCUGCCAGACAGCGUGGAUAUGGUAACCGGAGCAGUCGUCCCGGUAACAAGCUUUGGCGUUCCACCGGGCAGCAUAGCACCAUUUUCAGUCACCUUGAUGACUGAUCCCUUCAUCUUCCCGACCACGUCUCCCUGGUUUAUCAUCCCAAAUUUUAGUACAAUCAAGACUAAGAGAGACAUGUGGACACCUGCCUCUAAGGCCAACAAGUCCUCCACCAUCAUGUUGACAUGUUUACCUGAAGGAAACUACAAACACGAAGACAUUGCCAAGCUGGUGUGGAGCUAUUUCCCCAAACAGAACCUUCAGACUCUGCUCUACAACAUUGUGGUUCUACCUCUGCAGAGGAGGGCUUUUGUGCAUUUCAAUGACUGGAAUUCUUGCUGCAGUUUUGUGGAAAAUUUCCUCAAAUGUCCUGCUUCCAUCAAAGACCAGCAGCUGUACGUCCACCAAGUCUUACAGGAAAUGCCUGUUGGACUCAGCGAGGAGAUAAUGUACAGGAACAUGAUGAAAUGGAGCAAUUCUCAUGUUCCAGAGCUGGAGUCCCUGGAGGAGCGACUGGUGCUCGUUGUUCUUUCUGAGAUUUCCGUGUACCACAUCAGUAACGUCUUGAGAAAAGUGGCGUCCAUUGCGCCGCUCGUCAGUUUUCUGCCGCUCGCCAACAGGAUAUGCAUUGAGAUGAAAGAUCCAAGCAGCGUAACACUAGUGCAGGAGAGGAUUUCACAAGCGCCUUACCCUAAGGAGUGGGAAAACAUUCGAUGCGUUGAAACCGUGAAGAGUCUGAAACGGCGUCUCAACGAAUGCGCAGAGAUCACGCUCAACCUUGAACUGGACAACAAAGACAUCUGGACUGGGACUGGAAAAAGGGAAGCUGAUGCUGAUGUCUCUGGUGAAAAGAGGCAACCUGAUGCACAACAACCUGCAGAGCAUCCUGACGUGGUCUCGACAGGGAAAGAAGAUGUAGCCUCAGAAACAAAAACACCACUGACCUCUAAGGAGAACCUGUCUGAAACAGAGGUUAGGGCAGAAGAAAAGUCAGGAGCAACUCAAGCAGAGGACAGAAAUGUGCCACCCAGGUCUACAGUUUCAGAAAAAGAAGUCUGUGUCUCUGGAAAAGUUGAAGAAUCUGUGGAUGAGGCUACAGAUACGGGAAGUAAAGCAGCGCCUGAACAGAAGAAACAGGCAGAAAUGGUUAAAGAUGAUGUUCAGCCAGAGUGUAGCACAGAUGCUAAAUCAUCAGAGCUGAAGGAAACAGCUUUGAUACAGAAUUCUACUGAAGCCAAAGAAGAAGUUAAACCUGAAACUGGACCACAUAAACCUGUGACGUCUUUAGCGCAAGGACCACAGACUACGACCCAGGAAGCCCCAGUUAAAACCCAAGCAGAGGCCCAGGAGAGCAGAAAGCCAAACCCAGGCCCUUCUUUGCCAGAAGCAGAGCAGAAAACCAAAGCAGUGAAUCCCGAUCAGCAGCAGACAUCAGGAACAUCAGCUUUUCUGGGGAGAUCAGCAUCUAAGGCGGACGGAGGUUUGUCUCUGACAAAACCAGUUAGUGCGUUUGACAAAACUGCAGCCACGUGUUUAACUGCUGGAGAAAAGAUGGAAAUCUUCCUGAACGCAACGACGGCAUUCAAACGGGUCUCUGAGGCUGUGUCUUCAUCAAAAUUUCUUUGUGUCAAUGCGACUCUGGUUAUAUCCAACCUACCGGAGUUUAGAGACGGCUGCUACACGGAGGCCGACGUCAUCAGUUUGCUCCAAAACUCUGGUGUUGGUUGUGAAGAUGAAAAAGUCUUCAUCGUUCCUCAGUCUCGAACAGCUUUUGUAUUUUCUCCAAAUAUGAAAGAAGUGCAGAAGUUUCUUUUGGCCAAAAAGAGCGUCUUCCUCAAAGGGUCAAAGCUCAGCUUCUGUGUCAUAGAAAACCCUAAACCCCCAAAUAUUGUUGAGGUUUAUAAAUUCUUAGUGAGUUUCACCACAAUCAGAAAUAUGGAUCCUAAAAGAGUAGUUUACAUCCAGAACAUCUCAGGAACUGAUGCCAAAGAGCUCAGAGAGGAGUUAAAAAAGAUUGGGAGUGUGAUAAAUUACCUGCCUCUGCUGAACAAGGUUUUUGUGGAGUUUCAAACGUAUUUUGACUGUGAUCGGUUUGGAGUGUAUCACAGCUUCCCGAAGCAUGGGCGUCCUUUCUCCCUUUACAGGCUGGAUGGAUCCACUUUAAGAGCCAAAGCACCUAGAAUGCCAGCCCUGCGUUUUCCUGACUUAGCUGUGAUUAAGGACAGGGCAGUCAUUCCUAAGGGCUGCAGAGCACCAUUGUGGGUUACUAUGACAACUAGACCCUUCUUGUUCCCCACUGCAACUCCUUGGUUCAUCAUCCCAGCUUACUGGCAACAGCUUGCAGGGGACACGAUAAAGAAAUGCAAGCUGGAAGGUCUCAUUCACCCUACAGUCAUGUUGUCGGGUUUACCAAAUGAAACCUACACACACCAGGACGUGGCAGCGCUGGUGUUUAAGUAUUUUCCAGAGCAGAAUCUUCCCACACUCCACUACAAUGUGAUGGUUUUACCUCUGCAGAAGAGGGCCUUCGUGUGUUUCAGCAGCUGGGACGCUCUCUCCAGGUUUUUUCAAGAUCACCCCAUUUACCCAGUGGUCUUAAAAGGAUCCCAUUCCUUUGCCUAUUUGGUGAAGGAGAAUAUCUCUCCUGCACACGAUGAGGUAUCCUUGUUCAAAACUCUGAUGAAAUGGAGCAACGCUGUAAUUUCAGACCUGUGGGGUUUGGAGGAGCGGCUCCUGUGUGUGGAGGUGUCCAGGAUGGACCAGGAUAUAGCCAUGAUGGUCAUGGAUGAGGUGGCGAACAUGGCUGCUUUUAACAACUUCCUGCCUCUCGCCGACAGGAUUUACAUCGAGAUGACGACACCAAGUGAAAUGGCAAAGGUUGUAGAGAACCUGUUGCGGCCAGAAUUAUGUGAAAAGUAUAAAGAUUGGGAGCAAGUAAGACGCAUUGAGUCAGUAAAGAGCAGAGAACGGCGCCUAAAGGACUGUGAAGAUGGGGCUCUUACCCAGCUGAACAAUACUGUGAUGAAUGAAGGUCAAAAGAGCAUCCCAGUACACCCAGAACUGGACAGAGUGGGUACCAACACUGAACCCACUGCCAUGACGAAGGCAGAACAGUCUUCUGAUAGGAAGGCAACAAAAACCGGAACCCCUGAUUCUGCUAAGUCUAUUUCCUCUGCUGAGACCGCAGCAUCCAUGUUUUCUGCAGGACAGGGUGGUGCAGCGAUACAGGAGAGACGUGAAGCUGAGAAAACAACUAGUUCCACCAAUUUAUCUGCUGUGACGACAAAUGAAAAAGAAGAGUCAACAAAGUUCAGCCCCAUGCAGACCAGUUUAAUUCAGCCUCUGGGAGAAAAGCCAGACCUCCCUAAAAUCGACAUCAACAGUUUUAAUGUAAUCAAAGCUCUAGUUGUUCAGUUCCGAAAGCAACAGGGAAGCUCCACAGAAACUCAGCAGAAUAAAGAGAAAAGCAAGGAGCAGAGAUCAAGCUCAGAGGUGCCACCUGAAGAUAACGGGACCUCAGCAGGUUCCUCUGGAAACUACAAAAGCUCACCCUCUUCAUCAACCCCAUCCAAAUCCCCCCAAGUUAGAUUUCCACUUGAUGCCACAUGUUCCCCCAAACUCUUUUCCCUUGACAGAGACUACAGAACCCUUUCCUCCUCAUCAUCAGACUCAGCUAAAACUCAGGGAGCUCUGUCUUCAUCUACGGGUCAGCAAACCCCUUCAUCUUCAGGAGGUGUGAAGAUCUGUCCAGAAACUUAUCAGGCACAGAAGCACAUUGCAAGAUCCAAAGAAAGUGCAAAGGGCAAACCUGGCUUUAAAGUCUCUGCAGAGACAAAAGCUGUAAAAAUAGAUGAGUUAAGUUUGCAAAACUCCACUAAAAUGGAACAAUCUGCACAUGGAGAGACCUUGGCGCUGACCAGUCAGAGCCAGAGUCCAGAGACGGAUGUUCCAGAGAAAACGCUGAGAGAGGAAGCAGUCAAGACCAAAGAAAAAGAUGAUGGCCAGAGAACGGGGGAGAGGCAAGGUGAGGAGAAUCAUCCCAAUGAUUCCCUUUGUGAGAAAACCGAUCAAGAAGCGGAGAAAGAAAAGAAGCAGGAUAUUGGUUUCGAUGCUAGCACAGCCGAGAUGUGCCAAAAAUCAGAUCAGGGAGAACUUGAGGCCAAAACUUGCACUGAAACUGAGUCAGGUGCUCCUGUUCAAGAAAAGGAGAGCGUCACCGAUGAAGUGUCUGUGAGGGAAGGAGAGCAUCCAGUCAAAGAUGAAGGUUUGACAAUAAAACCAGAUGUGAAAAUCGUCCCUGAAGAAAAGGAGAAUCCAUCAGUAAAACAAGACAGUUCAGAUCAACCGUCUGAGACUCCAACAGAGGACAGCAGGGCAGAGACAGAGGAUACCGUUCAAGAGGAGUCCAUCACUGAACGGUCUGAUAGAUCUACCAAAGAAUCAAACAAAGAUAAAAUAACACAAGACAAAGCAGCGGCUAAUGCACCAACCAUCACCUCAGGAUCUCCUAGAGGACGAAGGAAAAAAACUUUAGAUGAGGGAAAAGAAGUCAAGACGCCACCAAGGACGAGGAACGCUGCUGCCAAAGAAACGCCUCCUAAAAACGUCCCAUCGAAAGCCUGCGAGCAGAAAUCCUCAGGAACCUCUGGAGACGUUACCUUCAAAGAGACUAAAGAGGAGGAACAGGAAGCUCCAGCGAUCAGGACCAGAGCUCAAGCCAAGAAGACGGUGGAACUGACUCCAGUGAGGAAAUCAACCAGAGGGAUGAAGUCAGAAUGUCUGGGUGGAGAGAAAAAGGAAGAAUGCAUGAAGGGAAACAAAGCUCCUAGCAAACGGAAAGCGGAGCUUUCAGGACCUGAACCAAAAAGAUCUGCCAGUGCUGACAUCAAACUGCCACCAUUUGACCCUAAAACCCCACUAGGUAAGGAGUUUGUGAGCCGUAAGUGGGGGUAUUUCUGCACGCUGUGCUCCGUUCCCUUUCUGAAUGAGGGAACCAAAGAGGACCAGCACUGCCAAACCCAAAUGCACUACGACAACUUACAGAAAUAUUACCAGACGACUAUGAAGCUGAAAUCUUCAAAAACAUCUAAAAAUAACUGAGUGGAAACCCUGUUUAACUGAUCCAAGUAUUUUUUUUAUUUUUUGUUAUAAUGAACAGCUUUAGUAAUUUUUGUGCGCUGUUAAUAAGAUCAUCAAUAGAACAAAUAUGUUUCUAGGUUAACAGUUUAUCCAGUAUUUUCAUUUUUCUAUGAAAACUUGUGCUUUGUAUGAUCACUUUUAUUCUAAAAUGUUUUUGUAUAUUGUGCAAUAAUUUUCCAAGCGAGGGGCACAUGUUUAUUAAGGCUGUUUACUGUAGAUUAUUAGUUUGAAGUUAAAAUUAUGAUGUCUCUGACAGUAUUGCCAAUACUCUGUAAGCGCAAAAUAAAACAUGUCACUUUUCUUUAUGAAUAUUAAAAGUUUCAAGAUUGUUUAAGUGUUUGUGUACAAUCACAUAAAAUAUAACAAAUGUUUAUGUGGGAAGCUUAUUUUCUAUUAGGUAUUUUAACUCGUGCAGUUUGAAUUUAAUGUUUCGCCAUUUUAUUAAUGAGUAGAGAUACCAUGGUUCA